AUGGCGUUGACGACUCCCCUGACGGAGCUGCUCGGGAUCCGGCACCCCAUCAUGCUGGCCGGCAUGAACGGCGUCUCUCAUGCGGAUCUGGCGGCGGCUGUCAGCAACGCAGGUGGUAUUGGCUCCAUUGGUGGGUUGACAAUGACACCGAAGGUCCUCACGAAGGAAAUCACGUGGCUGAAGAAUGCCUUGGCGGACAAGUCCUUGCCAUUCGGAGUCGACCUGGCGAUUCCACAGAUUGGUGGCAAUGCUCGGAAGACGAACCAUGACUACACCCAUGGCCAUCUACCAGAACUCAUUGACAUCAUCGUGGCAGAGAAGGCCAAGCUCUUCAUUUGCGCUGUGGGCGUGCCUCCGAAAUGGGCGGUGGACAAGCUUCAUGCUGGGGGUGUGGUCAUUGCCAACAUGGUCGGGUCUGUCAGGAACACGCAGAAGGCUUUGGAUGCUGGAGUAGACAUCAUCAUCGCGCAGGGAACCGAGGGUGGAGGCCACACUGGCGACAUUGGCACCAUGUGCCUCAUCCCCCAAGUAGUGGACGCUUGCCGCGGGCGCCGAAACGCGUUUGGAGGCGCUGUGGUAUGCGUUGCCGCUGGUGGCAUUUUUGAUGGCCGCGGUUUGGCAGCUGCGUUGGGGCUCGGCGCUUCUGGUGUUUGGGUGGGAACUCGAUUCAUUUGUGCCGAAGAGUCUGCUGCCCCACAGGCCCACAAAGACAAAGUCGUUGCAGCGGGAAGCCAGGAUACUGUGCGGACCUUGGUGCUUUCUGGCCGGCCGCUGCGCUUGAUUCCAAAUGACUGGGUCCGCAGCUGGGAGAAGGAGCCUGCCAAGAUUAAAGAUCUUUGUGACCAGGGCGUCGUCCCCCUGACGCACGACAUGAAGGAAUCCAGAGAUGAUUCAGAGAAGCGAAAGGGAAUCUUCGACGCAAUCAACAGUUUGGCUGGACAAGCGGUGGGGGGUGUUCAAAGUAUCGAGCCUGCCAAGAAGAUUGUUGACGACAUGGUCGCUCAGGCUACGGAGGUUCUAAGGAUGAACGCGACAAUGGUCAGCAAACUCUAG